CCCCGCCCUGCUGAUAGGCCCCGCUCUGCACCGUAAGCCCUGCCCGCCGUGGGGGCACCUGGGAAGAGGUGGAGAACAAUAUGGCGGAUGGCGAGGAGCCAAUGGCUGUUGAUGGUGGGUGUGGGGACACUGGAGACUGGGAUGGUCGCUGGAACCAUGUAAAGAAGUUCCUCGAGCGAUCUGGACCCUUCACACACCCUGAUUUCGAACCCAGCACUGAAUCUCUCCAGUUUUUGUUAGAUACUUGUAAAGUUCUAGUCAUUGGAGCAGGCGGCUUAGGAUGUGAGCUUCUCAAAAAUCUGGCAUUAUCUGGUUUUAGACAGAUUCAUGUUAUAGAUAUGGACACUAUAGAUGUUUCCAAUUUAAAUAGGCAGUUUUUAUUUAGGCCCAAAGAUGUUGGAAGACCUAAAGCAGAAGUUGCUGCAGAAUUUCUAAAUGAUAGAAUUCCUAAUUGCAACGUAGUUCCACAUUUCAACAAGAUUCAAGAUUUUAAUGAUACUUUCUAUCGACAAUUCCAUAUAAUUGUAUGUGGGCUGGACUCUAUCAUAGCCAGAAGGUGGAUAAAUGGCAUGUUGAUAUCUCUUCUAAAUUACGAAGAUGGUGUAUUAGAUCCAAGCUCCAUAGUCCCUUUGAUAGACGGGGGGACAGAAGGUUUUAAAGGAAAUGCCCGAGUGAUUCUGCCUGGAAUGACUGCUUGCAUUGAAUGCACACUGGAACUGUAUCCGCCACAGGUUAAUUUUCCCAUGUGUACCAUUGCAUCUAUGCCCAGACUACCAGAACACUGUAUUGAGUAUGUAAGGAUACUGCAGUGGCCUAAGGAGCAGCCUUUUGGAGAAGGGGUUCCAUUAGAUGGAGAUGAUCCUGAUCAUAUUCAGUGGAUUUUUCAAAAAUCACUAGAAAGAGCAUCACAAUAUAACAUUAGAGGUGUUACAUAUAGACUCACUCAGGGUGUAGUAAAACGAAUCAUACCUGCAGUAGCUUCCACAAAUGCUGUCAUUGCAGCUGUCUGUGCCACUGAGGUUUUUAAAAUAGCCACAAGUGCAUAUAUUCCCCUUAAUAACUACUUGGUAUUUAAUGAUGUAGAUGGACUCUACACAUACACAUUUGAAGCAGAGAGAAAGGACAACUGCCCAGCCUGUAGCCAGCUUCCUCAAAAUAUUCAGUUUUCUUCAUCAGCUAAACUGCAGGAAGUUUUAGAUUACCUAACCAAUAGUGCUUCUCUGCAGAUGAAAUCUCCAGCCAUCACAGCCACAUUAGAGGGGAAGAAUAGGACACUUUACUUACAGUCGGUAACUUCUAUUGAAGAAAGAACAAGACCAAAUCUCUCCAAGACAUUGAAAGAAUUGGGCCUUGUCGACGGGCAAGAAUUGGCAGUUGCUGAUGUCACCACACCACAGACUGUACUAUUCAAACUUCAUUUUACUUCUUAAGUAAACUAAAUCUACACACCCUAGAGAACUCACAGAAAUAUACUUUAUGGGUACUGAGAAAUUUACUUGAUAUCAUUAGUGUUGCUGAAAUCUGACUUUAAAAAAAAUAAUAGCCACUCUUUUAAUUUUGUAACUUUCCCUUGAAGACAGACUUUCGGAGUUUGAACUUGCUUGCAUUUUCAUUAAUAACAAAGGAAGUGAUUGAUGCCCGGAAAGAACAAUUAUGAGCAAAAGCAUUGUUUCAUUGAGAGGAAGAGUCAAGCACCUUCUUUUGUGUUAAUUUUGUUAUUAGGGUCAAAGAACACAUUCCUCAGUUUUCACUUAAGCGUUCAUAUGUUUAAAGAUGUCCCAUUAAAGACAAAUAAAUUCUAAAUAACAUUAAACAUUUCAGCCUGACAUCUAGAGCAUAUUGAACAUAGUCUACUUCUUGCUUGAUUUCAUAGUCAUUUUAACUGUGGCUGUCCCAAGUGAAUAUAACUAUUGCAGAGGUUACCUUGUCUAUAAUACUAUGUAAAUGGUGAUAAGAGUUGAAUACUAUGCAUGGAAAUGGGAAAUGUUUUCAUGUGUUUACUUGCAGUGCCAUAGAAGCCAAUAUGCACAACAUUAAAGCCAAGACUUAGAUGUUAAGAAUUUAAUGUUUAAACAGUUAUCACUGAUGCUUUCACACUAUUUAUUAAUAAAAUCAUAUAUUGUCUA